GGGUCCUGCUGCGGGUCCUUCCGGCGGGUGACAUUCAGCGGCCGUCCGGGGCGACGGGGUCUCCAUCCUGGAACCAUGGCCCAGUUCGUCCGCAACCUCGCGGAGAAGGCCCCGGCGCUGGUGAACGCUGCUGUGACUUACUCGAAGCCUCGAUUGGCCACAUUCUGGCACUAUGCCAAGGUUGAGCUGGUUCCUCCCACCCCCGCUGAGAUCCCUGCAGCUAUUCAGAGCUUGAAAACCAUCGUCAAGAGCGCUCAGACCGGUAGUUUCAAACAGCUCACAGUGAAGGAAGCUCUGCUGAAUGGUUUGGUGGCCACUGAGGUGUGGAUGUGGUUUUAUGUCGGCGAGAUCAUAGGCAAGCGUGGCAUCAUUGGCUAUGAUGUUUGAAGACCAAUCUUUAACAUCUGUGUAUAUUUGGUUUGUUACUUGGGUGUUUUCGGACCAUGUGUGAUCAGACUGGUGUUUGAAUAAAAUAAGAUAAUGUAUCAAAAUC